CAGGGGCGGACUGACAACUCAUGGGGCCCCCGGGCACUAGGGGAUCAUGGGGCCCCUGUAUCCUUGCCCAAACUCAAAAAAGCCUAUGAAAAAGGUACCAGGGGCAUCUCAUGGGGCCCCCUACCCCCUACUGACCCCGGGCCCUCUGGCAGUGCCCGAGUUUCCAAAUGGUCAGUCUGCCCCUUGUUUGGUGUGCGAUGUAUAUACGAUGUGUGUGAUUGAUAUAUACCUAUAUAUAUAUAUACUGUGCCACAUAUACACAAAAUGUGUGCGAUGUGUGUGAUAGAGAUAUAUAUAUAUAUAUAUAUAUAUAUUAUAUAUAUGUACAAUG